AUAAAUUACAAUAACUGGCACGUAUUUGAAAAGUAAGGCAGCUUGGUCGUUGAUGUAACAUGAAUUAAAAUGCAAAAAGAAGUGGAGUUACACGGGACCCCAAAGGAAACCACGGAGACUCGAAACGAGAGCAGUGUUUGGAUGACAUUUUUUGAAGAAACAACUUUGCAUGGGGCUCGCUUCUUGGCCAAAAGGUCACUAAUACGCAGAAUUGUUUGGGCCAUCUUUCUUUUAAUGGCGACUGUAACUUGUCUCGUCAUGAUCACGUACUCUGUCAUCGACUACUAUCACUACCCGGUGCAAACCAAAGUCGGCAUAGAAUACCGUCGUUCUCUCCGCUUUCCAGCUGUGACCAUCUGCAACGUCAACCGAUACAAAAAAUCCAAAAUCAUCAAAAACCAAACGCUUAUGUCGCUGCUUCAUUACAUCUCUCCCCUACCCGCCUCUCUGAAAAACGACAUCAACAGGUCUGAUCCCCUCCUGCCAAUAGUGCUAAACACUACGAAGACCGACAGCCUGAUUUCCAUGGCCGGAUAUAGCGUAGACGACAUGUUCUGGAGCUGCUUCUGGAAGAACCAUGCCAUCAACUGCAGUGAGGCGUUUACUACAACUUUUACCAGCAUGGGGCGCUGUUUCACGUUUAAUUCUAAUGGCUCGCUCACCGCUGAGAGGACUGGCAGUUCUUCUGGACUGUGGUUGCGUAUGAAAUUGCAGCAUGAGGAGUAUACGCCUGGGUUUGCUUUGUCGGCUGGUGUUAAGGCGCUGCUCCACGAGCCGUAUGAAGUCCCUCUAGUACACGAACAAGGCUUUGCUGUGUCUGCAGGAUAUGAGGCACUUGUCGCUAUACGCAUGACACAAAUAAUAGGCCAGGCCCUGCCAUAUCGCGGCAUAGACUGCAUAGAUACCAAGGCCUCGGCGUUUCGAAACCCUUUAAAAUUUUACCCCACGUACAGUUUGUCCGGGUGUAUAUACGAGUGCCAGGCAAGAUACGUUAAUGACGUAUGCGACUGUACCUUGUUUUAUCAUCCAGGUGGUUAUCGGCGCUGUAAUGUCUGGGAGGCAUUAGUUUGUGUCAGCAAAUCUCUAGUUUCGUUUAUGCAAAAUACAAUGAUAGAGACCAGAUGUGGCUGCAAGCCGCCAUGUUAUCAGACGCUGUACAGUUCUCAACUGUCGCAUCUCUCCUAUCCCAACGAACCUACACUGCAGCAGUUAAAGAAGUUUAAUUAUACGGAGGAGUAUCUGAAGAAAGAAUUCCUGGAGAUGCGCCUGUUCUACCAGCAGAUGAAUUACGAUAUCAUAGAACAAAGUCCAAAAUACUACUUUGCUCAGUUAAUAGGUGAUAUUGGCGGUCUGAUGGGGAUAUUUGUGGGCUCAAGCUUCCUUACUAUCUGCGAAUUUGGAGAUUUUCUUUUCUUGUUGCUGAAACGUAAAUUCAGGAAAUAGCGUUCAGUUUGAUACAGUUUCUGGCAAGAUUCACUUGCAUCUAUAGCUACGUUAUGUGUGUGUGUAUACCCACUUAUUCUAAUAACCGUUGAUAUAUAACGGACAAUUCUGCGCGGCUAUUUCACUACCGCACACUGGUGCUUGUUAAGGGAGCGGACUGUUUAUAUCUCCGAUGUGAGAAAUUGUAUUUUCGAUCUCCAAUCUUGUGAUAUU